AUGACCACCACCUCCUCUCCUGAGCAGGUAUCCUUCCUCGCUCGCAACCUCAAACUCGCUGCGCAUCUCUACAACCCAACGUCCGGAUCUAUAGAUCGCUCUGGCGCUGCCAUUAUCAUAUGCCAUCCUUGGACCUCGAUCAAAGAGCAGUCCCCUGCAAACUAUGCUCAUAUCCUGUCAAAGGCUGGCUUCAUUUGCCUUUGCUAUGAUGCUGCUUAUCAAGGGGAAUCCCAGGGCGAACCUCGAAAUCUUGAAGACCCUUACCAACGUGUCGAAGAGAUCAAAUCUGCCGUCACCUACCUUGUUAGUCGGAACGAUGUAGACUCUGGUAAGAUAGGCGUCCUCGGCAUCUGUGCUUCAGGCGGCUACGCUCCUUUCACGGCCCAGACCGACCUUCGCAUCAAGGCUUGUGCAACAUCGGCUGCAGUAUGUGUUGGCACCAUGGCCAGGCGUGGCUUUGAUAAGGACUCCUCCAGCAUAGAUAUUCUAAAUUCUCAACUCGAGGCUGCCGCCAAAGACCGCAACAGCGACAUCACUGGCGAGAAAAUCCCAAUCGUGCAUAUGUUGCCUGAGAAACUCGAAGAUGCCGCCAAUCUCCUAGAUUCCUUCCAAGAUCUUGCGCAGUACUAUCGCAAGAGGCAAUCGCAUGAACGCGCACUAAAUGUUUGUCUCCCCCGAAGUUGGGACAUAAUGGCGAACUUCGAUGCCUUCGCUCAUAACGAUAUGAUCAGCCCAAGGCCACUGCUGAUGAUAACAGGAACGAAGGCAGCAACGAAAUGGUAUAGCGAAUACGGGGCUCAAAAAGCGAAAGAACCGAAAGAGUUGAUGGUAAUUGAUGGCUCAACUCAUGCGGAUCUUUAUGACCAUAUCGAUAAAGCUGGACCUAAAUUAGUGGAUUUCUUUGGAAAGUACCUAAAGUAG